AUGCCUACUGAAGAACGAACUCAACGUCCUCGCUAUGGAGGUGGCUGGGAUUCAGAUGAAAGCGAAUCUGAGGAAAGUAUGGUUGAGGGGCAUCUGGCCAGCCCGCGUUCUGUUGCUGCGGCCAGCUCCAAAUCUCACCAGGAGACCGAAUUGACAAGUGCAGAGAUUGCUAGCGACAUUGCCGAUGUCCACAGCUCUAUUGAAGACCCCACUGAACAAGAACACACGGUUGGUUUGAGCAAAGAAGCGGAAGUUCCUCUUUCUGGUCUGCCGUCUAUCUCAGCUACUCCCAAGGUUGACUUUGCCUCAGUUGGUCUACAUGAUGGUGCUGUCGAUGGUGCUGUCGCUCAAAAGGUCUCCGAAAGCAAUGAUCCUGAUGGCAUAUCAGAAGACACGCUUCUGGAAUCUCAGCGGAAGGCGUUUUACAUGGAGUCUGAAUCGACCCUGUUGAGUACCCCAGUUCCUGAGCCAGUUGAUUCUGAAACGACUCAACAAAGUCCAACAGACGAUAACAGCUUCCAGAUUGAAGAAUCAAGUCACCUUGAACCCGUGACACAUGAUAGCUCCAGCAAUCAUGAUGGAAACAGCUAUAUUUCGGUAAAUAACUCUCACCUUUCUGAAGCCGACUUGAGCUUGAACCGAAACUCUUCCCUCAAUUCUUCCGGGUCACUCUCCACGGCUAGUGUUGCCGUAUCCCAGCUUACCGGUAACAAGGUUGAGACCAGCAGCAAAGCCUAUGACCAGUCUGUGGACGAAAGUCGGGAUCUUCACUAUAGCGACGAUGCCGAAAGCGACUCUUUUUCAUUUGGAAAGUCCGUACGCUCCUACGACAGCUCGAAUGCAGCUGAUUCCUCUGAUAAAUAUGACACUACAGCUGAUGUUACUCCCCCUGAGCCACUUAGGAUAGGGAAGCCAAGACAAACACCUUUGAAUCCAGACAUUCCCGAAAACGAGGAGGAUAAGCAUGAUACCAGCUACGAUACGGACGAAGACGACGACGACUUUGACGAGAGGGCAGACAACGCGACGAUUGCUUUGGAUGAUAAGUACAGGAAUAAGUUUCUUAGUGGGAACUCGAUGAUUACGGUCAAACCUUCGUAUCUUGAAAGGAAAGGCAAGAAGGAAGCUUUGAAUGACCAGCUAAGAGAUUUGAGUAUAGCAGAGUCUCAAGAUUCUGAAGAUACCAGGAUUGAUGACAAUGCGGAACUUUCGAAGACUUCUGUUCCAACCACGGCUUCGAGUGUUGUGAAGAAGAAGGUACCCACUCGAAUUCCAUCCGAAGGAGUCCGCGCCCAGAACCUAGGUAACAUCACCUACGCUUAUCGCUAUGACAAGCUUGAGAGUACCACUGAAACUCCUGAGCAACGUAUCAACAACUUACUAGAGGACCGCAAAAAGCAGGCAGCUCUUGAUACUGGUCUUAAGUCAUGGUUGGAAUUUGUGUCACAGAAGCAAAGCGUUGUAAGUACCAAGACAUUGGGACAAGAAGCUGCUGCAUUCACCAGUUCUGCCAAAAAUGAUCCUAUCAAGUACAACAGAGGUGUUGGGGAGUUGUUGAGUGAUAACAUUGGUGCGGGAGCAGAUGGUAUCAAGUAUACCUUCAAGAGUUGGAAGACAAAGCUGUUCAAGGACAAAGCGUGA